AUGGAGCGCACCCUUCCUCAAGUCAAAGGGGACCAGCAGGAGCAGAGAGGGGACCAGCAGGAGCAGAGAGGGGACCAGCAGGAGCAGAGAGGGGACCAGCAGGAGCAGAGAGGGGACCAGCAGGAGCAGAGAGGGGACCAGCAGGAGCAGAGAGGGGACCAGCAGGAGCAGAGAGGGGACCAGCAGGAGCAGAGAGGGGACCAGCAGGAGCAGAGAGGGGACCAGCAGGAGCAGAGAGGGGACCAGCAGGAGCAGAGAGGGGACCAGCAGGAGCAGAGAGGGGACCAGCAGGAGCCACGUGGAGAGUCUGCUCCAGCGUCCAUGGGAAAAGCACAGAGCUGGUCGCUCAUGUUGCUGAGCCGCUGGAGGUUUGAAAUAGCUGAAGUGGUCAAGCCGGAUUGUUCAGGGGUGACUGAAUGCCAGGUCAACUCGGAAUUCAACAUAAUUACUGGAAAAACGUCCAUUGGAGAAUUAUUUACUUCUCUGGAUGGUUUCUACCUUGGCUUUGAAGAGGUCUUCACCAGAAGGACAGAAUAUGAAGGCAAACAUUCAAAAGCAAAAGAGCAUGUAACUAUCAGCUGA